UUCAACAAUUCUGGAGUGACUAAUGAAAUCACGUAUUAUUUGCAAAGCGAGAAGAAGUGGAAGUACUUGUCGCGAAUCCCACACGUGGAACAGUGCAACUUCGGUAGUGUUGUCCAUAAGAACCAACUUUACGUAAUCGGCGGCUGUUUUAAUCAAAGUCUUGAAGAGGACGUCCAUCCGUUUGGUUUCAGAUAUAAUCCCGUUUGCAAUAAUUCAACGAAUCCGUGGUCAACGAUAGCGCCGAUGCAUAGGGAGAGGUGUCGGUUCACUCUCAUAGCGGUCGACAACUAUUUGUACGCAAUCGGCGGCGUUUCCGAGAGUGAAUACCCGCUAAUCGAUGACGACUUGUACACAUCCGGUGAGAUAUAUUCGCCCGAAGCCGACGAAUGGACUCCAAUGGCUAGU